AUGGAGCAGGCGUGGCUCGACUCCCUCUCGGAGGAUUGGAUCUCACAGCCAAGGUCGUCUGGCUCGCCUUCCCCGUCGCUGCCUUCUACAGCGAACGAGGUCUCCGACUCCUCGAAUGUGCGCCCAACAACGAGUCUGAUACCUCGAUACAACCCCCAAAAGAAGGUGUGGACGGCGGCGGGCGCGCCUCCAAACAACAAUAGCCCUCUGAGUGAGCGGAGCCUUAACGAUAGUAACAUCCCCUUGUCGCAACGCGCUCCAAAACACCAUUCUAAGCUGCGAGACGAAGUGCCUAUAUCUACCGACUCACACGGGAAUGAUUCGCUGCAGAGUUUCUCUGAGACUUCCACGCGAUCAGCACAUUACGACACAAUACAACAUACCUCCGUCAAGGUCUCGCCGAGCAAAGGCCUAAACGAAACCCCCGAAUGGAAGAGCCGGCUCUUGAGGGGAGAUGUUGCAUACGGCGAGCAACGCGACCUCUUCAGUCCCGCGGGCCUCGAAAAUAUUUUUCGCCCUCCUGCAGCGCAAACGGCAGCUCCAGGCAAAUUGCAGAGAGAGACUCAACCUGCGGAGGAACCAAGUGUUAUAAUGCCGUCUAGUCCUCCCCCUUACAAAUUGAACCGGGAUCUCAAAUUAGGAACUGGAGCCUCGGGGGAAGGAAUGCCCCAAGAGGAUGGCCAAGGUUGCAGACAACCCCGGGGGAUCCAGUAUAAAUUGAACGCAGAAGAGGGCAGCAGCGGAUUCUCAACCAACGACCUUAGCAGGAGUAGCCACUUCCGGCCAAAUAUGGCAGGGCUUCCGGCUAGUCAAGAUGAAUAUACUAUCGAAGACACACGCUCGAACUUGGAGAGUUCUAUAGCACAACAAAACGGCAUGGUCGAGGGCGCUGGACGCAUCGUCAGUGGACAAAGUGAUGUGCGUAACGAAGAGCUCAGCCCGAUAUAUAUAUCGCGCCAUAAUACCGUGGACGGCAAAAUGGACUAUACAGCAGCCGUCACAGCAGCCGAGUUGCGUCAACGUUUGGAGGAAUUUAGGGAAACUGAUGCUCCUGAGAUCACCAAAGAAGAUGACGAGGCUUCCCAUCUCAUUUUGGAGGACGUGACAAACGAUACCGACGAUUAUGCGCACAAUGGGCGAUUUGUCAAUCUUCGUAGGGGCGGUCGUUCGCUGGAAGGCUCUUUUCAGAGGCGGAUGUUGAGUCCUUCCUCACUCCCAGCUAUUGAUGAGUCUGCCAUGUUGCCUGAAGAAUCCAUGCAAGCAAGCACUCCCAAACAACUACCUCGUAUUAAGAAGACCCGGGUAUCCAAAGAACAUCGUCGCUCUCCUCCCAGCCCAGUCUCAUCCUCUAUUCCACAUACGCCUCACCAAAGCCCCGGCAAAUCCAAUGAAAAGCACCAUGAUCACAGCUCAGGCAGCCCACUGAAGCUUUUUGGGACCUACGACACUUUCACCAAUCAAACACUUUUGCGCCGGCUAAGCCAAUUUGAAGGUGAUCUUGAGGAUAACGAUAAGGGCGAAUUUCAAUCUACUUCCGCUCAGGAACCAACAAACUCGGAGCUAAAUGAGGCUUUUGUAUCGGCAUCAAGUCCACACAAGAUGGAACCGAAGCGCGCGACUCACAAGCAAGCCCCAAAGAAAUUCAACAGUUUUGGCGAGGGAGAUCUAGAUGAUUUCCAAUUCAGUGAAGGAGUCUCAUACGACUCUAGUAGAUUAGGCGACCAGUAUGAGGACAAGGAUAAAAUCUCUGCAUCUGUACUUGACCGAACAACUCCGAGUAAAUUUGGGUUUCAAUUGGAGCCUUCCCCAGCCCUGGAGGACGGCAGGGUGGCUUCCCAUCGGACUAGGUACACAAACACUACGAGCACAACAAAGCAUACAGUCAAUAUCCAGAAAACCAUUCGGCAUAGUAGUGAUAGUUCAGAACUGGCAGCCGAGGUACCUCCGUCCCAAAGAAUAGAAAAUCUUGAGACGCCUAGGAAACGAAAUGGCAAUUCAGAAGGAAAGCGGCUGCCAAAGUCCCCCUUAAAGGUCCCCACUCCAAAACGACGGCGGACUCUGCCGGAGGACGAUAUUGGUGAUUCUGAAGUAGAUGAGGUCGAUCAUGGGGUAGAGUCAUUAAAAGAAACGCAUCAACAAAUGCAAUCUGUCAUCGGGAAGAAACGGAAGGAUGCAAGACAUGAUGAUAUCCAGAGAGCAGCCAACCCAGAUGUUCUUGCUAUGCGUCAAAUACUUCGACCCCGGACUCUCAGUUCGGAACAAAAAAUUCAUCAGCAGCAAGACAGUCAACCCCUUCCAGAACUUCCCCCAACUUCUGUCCAGCGUGCCCGGUCAUUACAGCAAAAAAAGAUUGCCCUGAUCCAAGCUGAGCUCGAUUCAGUGGAGACUCGUAACGCACCGGCAGCGAUAGGUGCCGCCCAGCGCAUGGUUGAUGAGAGCCGCAAAGGAUCAGUAACAACUCAAGACUUCCUGGAUGAAGCUAAAAAAAUCAUGGCAGGCAUUCGAGGUAAGGUGAGGCCCCAAAGUGGCCUCGCCAGCCUUGAAGAAUCCGAGUCGGAAAAUGACCGCAAUCGAUCUGCAGUUGGUAGCGCAGAAAACGGCGUAUCUGAUGAUUCAUAUCAAGAGUCCACCCAAGAGCCGUUUUCCAGGCCGCCGAGCCGGGAUGGUGGGCCAGUAUCAAGGCGUCCUCCUAGACAAGAGGAUCCGGAUCUUCUAAUCCACCUACGCAAGUACCAGGAAAAGAGCGACAUAGAUGGUGUUAUAUCUUCCCUGAAAUCUAUGGCCAUGUCCAGAGAUGCAACUAGCACUGUGGAAGGCGUUGAGCGGGCCGCGGCCGAAGGCCCCAUUGCAUCUUCAGAUCGACCGUUAACUUCGGGCGAGUUCAUCGAAAGUGAGCCACCAAACAUUCGAAUAUCCGAGAAUCUCGAACACCAACGCAAACGAAAACAUUCAUCCUCAUCGACCUCGGUUCCAAGCGGUGGUAAUGAUGCGGAAGACGCCAGGUUCGUAUCCCAUGGAUCUAAUGCUUCAUCCAACCAGUCCACAUCACGCUCGAUACCAACUGGUUCAUCAAGAGGCUCUAAUUCGCGUCAUGUUAUCGCUCCUCACACCAUCUCUCAUUUAAUUCCUGAGCAGCUUGCUGGCAUGGUGUUCGACCGCGACCGAAAUAUUUGGGUAAAGAGGAAGAAGAGUGUUGAUGUUGGUAAUGGCAGCCAGAAUUUCUUAGCAAUGGAUGAGACCGAGGACGAUCCUUUUGGGGAUAUCCCUGAUUUAUCUGUCGAUGAAACCCAGGAGCUCCAACGCAUUAAAGCAGCUGCUGCCGAGCUCAAACAAAAGUCGCAGCUCCCACAACUACACCAUAUCGGAAUGUCGGAAAUGAAGGACCCCAUCUUCAAGAUACCUAUAGAACCUGGUUUAAGUGAACAGCCCUCUUUGGGCCAUUCAAAGCUCACCAGCCAUGCUUCGAAUCAUGUUGCACAUAGGAGCGAUGGAUGGGAAUCACCGGGUAGCGAGCAAGCCUCUAUGGAACAUUCGAUGGAAGCCAAUCGAGAGACUGAAACGGUAUCCCAUAUCCAGAAAUCAAAUGAUGCCAGGAUGGAAGAAGAGGCCUUUGAGGACGUUGAACGCGAGAUCUCGAUUCUCGAGGGUCGUAUUGACCCUAUAAAGUCCCCGCGUCGACGUAAUAUCACAAUAUCGUUCUCUUCUCCUCUAACUUCGGUCAUUCACCCGCAACUUUACGAUCACGAGAAUAGUUUUGAGCGCAACACAGUUGAUGAUAACGGUUAUGAUAGCGAAGAGAUUGAGAAUGAGGUUAAUGAUAGUUUCGUCGUUUCCAUGAAUGGAAGGAAUCAAAGAGCCGGAUCUACGAAAGUCCGUACAGCAAGCAGAAAGUCAACCCGCCAUGUUUCGUUAGGAGGGCAUACGUUCUCAACCAGGCCAGUGUCACGAAUCGACGAGCAGGAUGAAAACUCCUUUGAUGCAUGUAUGGAUGGCCAACGGAGGAGCGUUAGCGUUGUUGUUGCGACUCCUAUGCUUCGCCAACGAUCAACAAGUGUUGUGGUAGCCACACCUCGACUAUCACACGAAAUUGGAACUCUGACUCUAAGUCCUCUGUCAGAUUUCACCAUGCACCAAGAAGACGAAUCUUUUGGUCUGAAUGUCAGCUACGUUGCCGGCGGCCAGCGUUACUCUCAUGGUGAUAAUGCGCAAAGGGCGUUGUCGCUGGCAAUCAAGGAGCUUGUUCAAAAGAUUACCGAUGUAGAGCCAUAUGAGCCUUUCUGGGAGCAUAUGAAGCAAAUGGAUUUGAGGGACAAGAAACUUCAUAAUCUACACAAGUUUGACGAAUUUUGUGGGCAACUCGAAGAACUCGAUGUAUCGCACAACCAAAUUAGCCAGCUUGAUGGCGUAUCAAGAACUGUUCGAGAUAUUCGGAUCACACAUAACUGCCUCUCGGACCUGACUGCCUGGGGUCAUCUCAAUAACUUACAAUACAUUGAUGUAUCAAACAAUCAACUCGAGACACUAUCAGCAUUCAAGAACCUGAUUCACUUGAGGGGCUUACGUGCAGAUAACAACAUGAUUGGUUCUUUGGCUGGCAUUGGACAACUGGAUGGCUUGCUAAGCUUGCGUUUAAGAGGAAAUCUAGUAGAAUCCAUUGAUUUCAAAGGCACCAAACUCCAAAGAUUAACGGAUCUCGAUCUUAGAGGCAAUCGUGUCUGUGACGUUCGAAAUUUGAACGAGUUGGCGUCCAUUUCAGACCUUGACCUCGAAGAUAAUAUGCUCUGCCACUUUUCCGUGGACGAGUCUCAACCCAUCUCGUCGUUGAAAUAUCUCCGACUCAGUGGCAACCAUCUUGACCAUAUUGAUCUUUCCCCGUACCCGAACUUACGCCUAAUUUACCUUGACAGAAACUGUCUUGGGACGGUUAGGGGCUUGCUCAAAACGAAGCGCCUCGACAGCCUUUCGAUGAGAGAGCAAAAGGAUGGAGCGGUCAUUGACAUGUCGUUCCUCGCUGAAGCAUUUGAAGUUCGCAAGCUCUUCCUCUCCGGAAAUCUGAUCCAUAAUUUUGAGCCUGGGGUCAACUUCCUCAACCUUCAGUACCUGGAGCUUGCCAAUUGUGGAUUGGAAUCACUUUCUCCUGAGUUUGGUCAGAUGGUCCUCAAUACUCGAGUGUUGAACCUAAAUUUUAAUGCUCUAAGAGAUAUCACACCCCUUCUCGGUAUCGUACGUCUGAAGAAACUCCAUCUCGCCGGCAAUCGGGUAUCUAGUCUAAGGAAGACGACAGCCAUUUUGUCCCAAUUCCUUAGUCUCACUUUGGUUGAUCUCAGAGCCAACCCAUUAACCCUUGGAUUCUAUCCACCGGUGUUAGAGACUUCUUUGGUUGCACAGAAAGGCAGUGGCGAGGCAGAUAUUGUGGAGCCAUUCACAAUUAGGAAGGGGGAUAGAGCCAAGGAUAUGAAAUACGCCGCAUGUCUUGAUAUGCCUACGAGGAUGCUAAGGAGAGUAUUCGAGAUGCUCGUUCUAGGUGGUUGUUUCCGGUUGAAAAUGCUGGAUGGUUUGGGUGUCGAUAGGUCUAUAUUGGAAGUGAAAGAUGUGGUUUGGGAGACUCUGGUGACAUCGGGUGUUCUCGUUAGCAAUGAAAAUGAGAAUGAGAAGGUCGAGGGCGGCGACGGGGUUAACGGGGGGGUCAAAACUCCGGAGGAUAACUUAAAGGGAAUACCGGAGCCGCCCGAAUCGGUUUCCAAGGAACGGUGGCCUACCGAAGACAGCUUUGCCUGA